AUGUCGGUGUUUGACGCGGCGUUUGUGGAUACCGAGCUCUCGAAGAGGACCUCGAUCUUUGGUCUCCACCUGUGGGCGGUGAUCGGAAUAAUCGUGGGGGUGGGGAUCGUGCUCAUCCUUUUCCUGCUGUCGAUCUGCCUCACCGCCUGGCGCCGCCGGAGCGGCGGCAAGGGCAAACCCCACCGCCCGACGAAACUCGCUGGCGCAGAGUUCACCCCCGUCAUCUCGAAGGAGAUCCAGGAGAUUGUCAACGAUUCCUCCUUCGCCGCCGCCGCCGCCGAACAACGCCCGGUUGUGGCUCAGGCUGUGCCAGAGAUACAAAUAGAUAUGGGCAAGGUGGAGCAUCGCGUGGUGUUCUCUGAUAGAGCAUCGAGUGGUGAGAGCAAGGCCACGAGUGGGGCCGACACGGCUUCCUUUGGAGGUAGUGGGUCGUUGCCGGAGGUAUCCCAUUUGGGAUGGGGAAGAUGGUAUACUUUAAGAGAGCUUGAGGCAGCCUCUAAUGGAUUGUCGGCCGAGAAUGUGAUUGGUGAAGGUGGCUAUGGUAUUGUGUACUAUGGAGUUUUGGCAGAUAACACCCGGGUGGCUAUCAAGAAUUUGUUAAAUAACAAGGGUCAGGCUGAAAAGGAGUUCAAAGUGGAGGUGGAAGCUAUUGGACGUGUCAGACACAAGAAUCUUGUUAGGUUGCUUGGGUACUGUGUUGAAGGAGCUUACAGGAUGUUAGUCUACGAAUAUGUGGAUAACGGAAAUUUGGACCAGUGGCUUCAUGGUGAUGUAGGUGAUGUCAGCCCUUUGACAUGGGAGAUCCGUAUGAAUAUAAUUCUUGGAACUGCAAAGGGCUUGGCGUACCUGCAUGAGGGUCUCGAACCAAAGGUUGUUCAUCGAGACAUCAAGUCCAGCAACAUACUGCUCGACCGUCAGUGGCAUGCUAAGUUGUCUGAUUUUGGGCUUGCUAAGCUUUUGAAUUCAGAGAACUCAUAUGUGACUACUCGAGUGAUGGGAACUUUUGGAUAUGUUGCUCCAGAAUAUGCUUGCACAGGCAUGCUGAAUGAGAAAAGUGAUAUUUAUAGCUUUGGAAUACUGAUAAUGGAGAUUAUUACUGGAAGAUCUCCUGUUGAUUAUAAUAGGCCAAAGCCGGAGGUUAAUCUAGUUGAUUGGCUGAAAAUGAUGGUUGGGAAUCGGCAAUCAGAGGAGGUGAUAGAUCCUAAAUUGCCUGAAAGACCUGCUGCAAAAGCACUGAAACGUGUUAUUCUGGUAGCCCUGCGGUGCGUUGAUCCCGACGCCCAGAAGAGGCCGAAAAUGGGCCACAUAAUACAUAUGCUGGAGUCUGAGGACUUGCUAUCUCGCGAUGAACGUCGAAUUGCUCAAGAAUCAUCCAGUUCCCUCAGAGAAGACAAAAUUAAGGGCCCUGAGUCAGCUUAUAAACGAAACACUGAAGAAUCUUUCUCCAUUUCUCUACGCUUCUUCCUCUACUACUCUUUCUGUGAAAGCACGUACAAAAUGAGUCCUCACGAGUCGCCACAAAGGACCUUCCUCCCAUUUGUAAACCCCUUCCGAACAAUACUCCCCAAGGGGGACUCCCUUUCCUCCAAGCACCUCGAUUUACUCAACACUUUUGAGGACACACUAACCGGCAGGCUCAGGGACCUGAAGCCCGCAAAAGGAGAAGAAUUCCUUUCUCUCUCGUGGAUGAAAAACGCAACGCGCACUCUGUGCGAAACCCACGCGGACAUAAAAGUCCUCAUCACGGCCCUCGAGCUGCCCGUCCGGGAUUGGGACGAGAAGUGGAUCGAUAUUUACUUAACCAACAGCAUGAAGCUUCUCGACACCUGUCUCUCCUUCACCUCCGAGAUCUCCCGCUUGAGGCGGGCCCACCUCUACCUCACGUGCGCCGUGCAUGACCUUCGAGGCAGCGGCACUUCUCCGAAAAAGUUAACGGAGGCACGCUCGUCCCUCGACGAGUGGAUUCGUUUCGUUGCCGCCAAAAACUCGAGGCUCGAUGGGUGCAGAAGCAUCUCGGUUAUGGAAAGUCUCGCAAAAACCCUCGAUUUCCCGAAGAUAAAGAACUUCCCGAAAGGGAAAGUCUUAAUGCGGGCCAUGUUUGGAGUCAAGGUUCUUACCUUCUUCGUGUGCAGUACAUUUGUUGCUGCAUUCUCGGGCUCCGGGGAAAAGCUGAUUGACAUACGGGUCGUCCCUGAGGUUUACUCGUGGGCCGAGGCUUUUUACAAUCUUCAGAAUUUCGUGAAUACGGAAAUAAGAAAGGAGUUCACGGUGUUGAGAGAGGUGGAGAGCGUGUACUCUGUGGUGAAUAAGUUGUACCCUCUUGUGCAAAACGGCGUUUCGGAGGAAUCUGUCGAGGCUGAAAAAAAUUUGAUAAAGGUUGUGUCGGAUUUGGAGAAGUCGACCGAGAAGCUGUACUCAGGGCUUAACGAGCUUGCGAAGGAAGUGGACGGGUUUUUCAAGGUUAUUCUGAGCGGGCGAGAUGCUUUGCUUUGCAACCUUCGGUUUGUUGGCGAUGAUGUUUCGGAUGAGGUGCGGAGGAGUAUGGGUGACGGGCCGGGCCAGGCCGUGAGGUGA